GCAAACGCGCACACGUCGUCUAAGAGCUCUGUCGGAUAGAGCCCCGACCCUACCCUGCCGGCGGCGAGGAGCAAGGAUGACGGCGCCGAGGAGGUGGAGGUUCGCGAUGGUCUGCUCGUCGAACAUGAACCGAAGCAUGGAGGCGCACGCGGUGCUGGGCCGCGCGGCGCUAGACGUCGAGUCCUACGGCACCGGCUCCCAGGUGAAGCUCCCAGGCCCGUCGAUGCACGAGCCCAACGUCUACGACUUCGGCACCCCUUACGGAGGCAUCUACGACGACCUCCGCCGCAAGGACCCCGACCUGUACAAGAGGAACGGCCUGCUGCCAAUGCUGAAGAGGAACAUCUCAGUGAAGCUGGCGCCGCAGAGGUGGCAGGAUAACACCGGCGAUGGGGUGUUUGAUAUGAUACUCACCUUUGAGGAGAGGGUCUUCGACUUAGUUGUUGAAGAUAUGAAUAACCGCGAGCAGAGGUUAUUGAAGAGCGUGCUGAUAAUCAAUAUGGACGUGAAAGAUAACCAUGAAGAAGCUGCUGUUGGGGCGAAGCUUGCUUUAGAUUUGUGCCACAAGCUUGAAGCAGUGGCUGAUGACUGGGAGGAAAUAAUCGAUGACCUGGUCGCUGCAUUCGAGAAGCAGCACAAGCGGAAGCUCACAUACUACAUCUCCUUUUACUAACUUGGCACCGCCUUGCCCCUGUGGACAUUACUGUCACAGAGGCUCGGUUGUUUAACAUGUGAUGUUUUGGAUGGUUGGUACUCCCUCUGUUUUAAAAUAAGUGUCUUAAGCUUAAUAUUUUUUUUGUUUCAAAAUAAGUAUCGCAGAUUUAGCAUUAAGUUAGUAAAAAUUUUGUGCCUUAUUUUAAGAUAAAGGGAGUACAAUAUUGUAUUAGAACUACUGUACUACUGUAUAAAGUUGAGACGGAGAGAGUAGUAUUCAGGAAA